AGUAUUUUGUAUAUUAGAGAUAAAAAGAGAAAGAAAAAAAAAAUAAUAGCAGCUGUAUGAUGAACAGGGGCACGCGCUCCUUAAAAUCGUAACGGUCGUCACAUCUGCUAGAAAAAUUUUCAAACACAUUCAUUGAGUAUAAUUAUGUACAUAUCGUCAUCAUGUUUCGUCAAAGAAAAUCUAUUUAAAUUUGUCGAAAUUUCAUAGAAAAAUUUUAUUCAUCAUCAGCUUUUUAUUCAGAGUUAAAUUGUCAUAUUGUUUUAAAUUUUUAGAAUGACUUGGUUGACUUUUUAGACAAUAUGAUCAUGUUGCAAUGUGCUUGUUGAUGCGUUGAUAGAUUCAGGGCCUGGAUGUUUUUAAAUACCAUUGGCUAGUGGUGAUGGUGGUGGUAGCAAAUGCACAAAGUGGUAGGGCAUAUAUAUACUUGACAACAGCAAAAUAAAUGUAAAAAAAAAAAAAAAAUAAUAAAACGCCACCGGGCCCGUAUCAACCCCUCUGUAACUUACUACGGAAACCGUCAUUCUCGUUUUACCGAUGUGCAGCUGCCCUGUUUGUCUCUGACUCGUUCUCUUUCUUUCUUUAUCCUUCACCACUGAAUUUAAUACAAACGGUCGUUUUAUUUUUAUACAACAUACCAUCAGUUUUAUUUUAACAAUCAUACAGUAUACAUCUAAAAUUUUAUUAUAAAUUAUUAAACAAUUAUCAUAUAAAAACAAAGCAAAUUGUAGAAAAUUUAAAUUAGUUACUCCAAGUUUAGUAAAAGUAGUGAAAGAAAUUUUUUAAAAUAAAAAACAAAAGUGCAUUAGUGAAAAGCAGUGGUUUUUUAAAGAAAAAAAAUUGAAUAAAAUUAUCAGUGAUGUGUUAUAAAAACAGAUAUAGAUAUUAUUGUUAAAAUUGAAAAUUAUUUUUAGUUAAAAAAAAAGGAAAAAGAAGGAUAUAAUUAAAAUGUCUCAAUCAAGCCAACCAAUUCCAAUUCAUUGUUAUACAAAUCCAUCAUUUUGCCAACAAUCAGAAUAUACACAUAAUGAUCAUAUUGAUGAUUUACCACCACCACCACCCCAACAAUUUCAAACUGAUGAAUUACCACCACCUCCACCACCAACACCACCAAGUACAAUAAAUAAUGGAGCAAUUAUACAAAUACAAAAUCAACAAACAGAAACAGCUAAUUAUCAAACACAUUAUGCUCAUACAAAUCCAACAUUUCAAACACGUCAAGAAUUAAAUAAUUGUAUUGAACUUGAUACAAGAGUUAGAUAUGCAAAAACACCAGAUAGAUAUUGUUAUGUUGAUGAUGGACAUGUUAAAAAUAUAAAUAAUAUUGAAACACAAAAUCGUGAUAGAAGAAUAAAUUAUGAAAGAGAUAAUAGAUCAAGAUAUGAAUUUAUUGAUGAUGAUGAUGAACCAGUACCAUUACAACAACCAAUUCAAUUACAAAGAAGAGCAUCAUUAACAAGAAUUGAAACAGUUAAUCAUCGUCAAAAUUUACAAUUUCAUAGACAAGCUAGUUAUCAUGGUCAACGAAUGCAAACAAUGUUAUCAGUACCAGUUAAUCGUGUUGAUAAUGAUAUUAAUAAUCCACAAAAAAUACAUAAAUUAAGACAAGAUGAUAAUAAUGUUGUACGUUAUGCGUUGGUUCCUGCUGAUGAAGCUAUUACAGAUGGUGAUUCUUCGUCUUGGAUAAAUACCAACUACUCCUCCCCUCGAGGUCGUUACGCACGACUGCCAAUGCAGGAUGAAGAACCACCAAUUUUACCUGAUCGUAAUUUACGUGAACAAAUUGAAUUACGUGAAAAUAUUGGAUCAAGAAAUAAUAUUGCAACACAAAAAUUACAUGAAAUAUUAACAACACCAAGAAAACCAAGAUCAAAAUCAGAAGAAAGAAAUUUAUCACCAGGACGUAGAACACCACAAAGAGGUUUACAAUAUGCAACUCCACCAGCAAGUACAACUGCAUCACCAACUGGACGUGUUAUUGUAGCUGGUACAAGUCGUCGUGGUACUCCAUCUGGUACACCACAACGUGCAUUUUCACCUGGUAGAGUACCUCAAACAUCAACACCAAAUAAAGAAAUACCACCAGCAAGAAGAUGUCUUCCAUUGAAUGAACAACAAGAGCUAUGUCCAGCAAGUAAUUGUGGUCGUUCAAGAUAUACAUCACGUCAUCAAGAUGGUACUGUAUCAUUAGCAGCAUCACCAAUUGAAUUUACAUCAAAGUAUAAUGAAUUACCACCAAGAUAUGCAUAUGUUGAAUCAACAUCAGAAUCCUUGCCAAUGGUUAUUGGAUCAACCAAGUAUCAGGUUCUUCCAUCUCGUAAUGAAUCAACACAAAAAAGACCAUUUGACAGUGUGGAAAAUGCAUUUAUUGCAAGAACAGCUGUUGUACCACCAUUAUCACCACCAAAUAGUGAAGCUAAUACAACAUUUGCCAGUGGUUUAGACAAAGGUGAUAGAAAAAGUGCACCAUUAAUUCUUGUACUUGUUGGAAUUUUAACAUGUGGUUUAGCAUUUUAUCUUUCUUGGACCCAGGGGAGAAGAUAUUACUUUGAUAGUGCUGCUGGAUGUGGAAUAUGUUGUGCACUUGCUGGUGCCAGUAGAAGUCUACGAAAAACAUGGACUGGUUUUAGCUUAGCUGGUUUAGCAACUUUAAGUUGUGCUGGUCUUUUAUUAAUAGCUAUUAAAUCACCACGUUCAGGUUCACCAUUACAUGAUAUAACUGCUGGUGUACUUUGUGGUGUAUCUUUACUUGGUGCUGGUCUUGCUAUUUUAGCACUCAUGUCACCAAAAUGUAACUUUGGACGUCAUCGAAGAGUACACUCUUGGAUACCUCAAUUUGCUCCAUAAUUUAUAUUAACAAAAUAUCAA